GAAUUAGGAUAUUCUGGCCUCCAUAUACUGAACGAGUCAAGGCGGGGCAGAGACAGCCACACACCCGGCUGCCGAAUGCUCUCUCUUCCCCGGAGUCUGGGCCUGUUCUGCCCGUUCAGUCCGGGCUCUGUCCUGCUCUAUCCGGCCUCCCUCAGCAUAGUAACAGGAGGCCUCCGAGCCAUGACAGGGGGAACAAAGGGGGGAGAGUCUCCCCUGGUCACCGGAGCCGAUGUCCGGCACAGUCCUGCCGAAAGCCGGGAGGAUCAGAGUUACCAGGAACCUGGUGGGGAGAAGCGUGCAGGCCCGAUCCCCGGGCUGGAAUCUGAAGCUCUACGGAUCGUUGCAGCGCAUGAGGCGGCUUGCGAGGUGGAACUAGUUCAGUUCCAGGAAAUGUCUUUUGAGUGUGUGAUAUAUGGAACUAUUGACACCUAGUGACAUGCAGAGGUGUGACUGCACUUCCUUCCGUCUUUAUCUCCAGUUGUUAGUUUGACUCUUAUCCCUUUCAAUGUAGGUUGAUCUGGGGUUGCAGAGAAUAUAAAUCUUCCAAUACAAAAAGAAUGGACUUUCCGAAUAGUGAUUAUAAGCUUACAGAAUUACAUACAGACUGGUUCUGAUAUGUAACCCAACAUUUUUCUACUGGCUAAAUGUGUUUAUAUAAUUAAACCUGUGCAAAUGAUUUGUGAUUUCCUUCAUGGUUACCUUAAGGCUAUUUCUUUAGGGUCUUUUUCAGAGUAAUGCAGAUGCAAAGCAUUUUUUUCUUUUCCGUAAACUUUUUUUUUCUCUUUGAGAAUGAAAAAUAUAUCGACAAAUUGUAUUGAUGUUCUCAUGCCAGACACCCUUAAUUUCUAUGUUAUUAGCGUGUGUUAUAGGACACCUACCAUUAAGGACUGUAUACAUUCUAUCAUCUAAGCUCGCUCUGAAUGAUAAUAAAUGAACAGUAAUUCAA